CCAGCUACCUGCUAGGGAUGGCCAUCUUCAACCUGAUUAUGACAACAUGGAUGUCAUUCCCCUGGGACCCAGAGAGGAGCGGGCAACAGCAGACCCCGAGGAGCUGUAUCUGUGGCUCACUGCAAUUAUUGUUGGCUUUGUCAGUGUUCUGUUGGAUCAUUGCUGGAAAUGUGUGGAUCUUCUCUGUAUACCAACCCAACUACGACCCGACCCGUUCAGACGGCCAGUACUGUAACAAGACCCUGUACACGUUUGCCUUCUGGAACGCAGUGCUUGAAACCUUGGUGUUGGGAGCGAUGCUAGUUAACUGCUGCAAAGGUAUGUUCUGUGGCGUUCUGCUAAAUGGACCACCACAGCCAGACAGAGACUUCCACAGGAAUGUCUGAAGGAGGGAUGGAAUGUCUGAAGGAGGGAUGGAACGUCUGAGGGAGGGAUGGAACGUCUGAAGGAGGGAUGGAACGUCUGAGGGAGGGAUGGAACGUCUGAAGGAGGGAUGGAAUGUCUGAGGGAGGGAUGGAACGUCUGAGGGAGGGAUGGAACGUCUGAAGGAGGGAUGGAACGUCUGAAGGAGGGAUGGAACGUCUGAGGGAGGGAUGGAACGUCUGAAGGAGGGAUGGAAUGUCUGAAGGAGGGAUGGAACGUCUGAAGGAGGGAUGGAAUGUCUGAAUGAGGGAUGGAAUGUCUGAGGGAGGGAUGGAACGUCUGAAGGAGGGAUGGAACAUCUGAAGGAGGGAUGGAACGUCUGAAGGAGGGAUGGAACGAGGGAUGUCUAUCCUGUUCUUGUCUUUUUAGCUUCACCAUCAUUUUGUAAAAGCGGCACAUUUUAUUAAUCUACGGUAUGAUUACGUCUUAUAAAAGCUGUUUUUGUGAUACU